UUGCAUAACUCGGCUCAGCCGAGUGGCCUCCGGACUCCCCGCGCCGCCGGGACGCGAGCCGCCGGGACCGCGAGCCCCCGGCUGCCGCAUUGCAACAGGCAGGGCCCGGCGCGCCCCCGGCCGCCCCCGCCCCGGAGGCCCCGGGCCGCUCCCCGCGCCGCCGGCCCGGCUGCGGGGAAAGAAAGUUUCCGAGCGGCGGCGCCGGGGCAGGGGCGCGGGCUGCCCGCGGCGGCGGGGCGGCGGCGCCGGAGCCCGGACAUGUCCCGGCGGAAGCAGGCGAAGCCGCGCUCGGUGAAAGUCGAAGAGGGGGAGGCCUUGGACUUCUCGCUGGCCUGGGAUUCCUCCGUGACGGCCUCAGGAGGCCUGGAUGGAGAGCCGGAGUGCGAGCCCAAGGCCGGCCCGGCGCUGGAGGACAGGAGCAGCGUGACCAGCCAGGAGGAGCGCAAUGAGGACGAGGACGACAUGGAGGACGAGUCCCUCUACACCUGCGACCACUGCCAGCAGGACUUCGAGUCGCUGGCCGACCUGACGGACCACCGGGCCCACCGCUGUCCUGGAGAUGCUGACGACGACCCGCAGCUCUCCUGGGUGGCCUCGUCGCCCUCCAGCAAGGAUGUGGCGUCCCCCACGCAGAUGAUCGGGGAUGGCUGCGAGCUGGGCCUGGGCGAGGAGGAGGGGGGCACGGGGCUGCCGUACCCGUGCCAGUUCUGCGACAAGUCCUUCAUCCGCCUGAGCUACCUGAAGCGGCACGAGCAGAUCCACAGCGACAAGCUGCCCUUCAAGUGCACCUUCUGCAGCCGCCUCUUCAAGCACAAGCGCAGCCGCGACCGCCACGUGAAGCUGCACACGGGCGACAAGAAGUACCACUGCCACGAGUGCGAGGCCGCCUUCUCCCGCAGCGACCACCUCAAGAUCCACCUCAAGACGCACAGCUCCAGCAAGCCCUUCAAGUGCCCCGUGUGCAAGCGCGGCUUCUCCUCCACCAGCUCGCUGCAGAGCCACAUGCAGGCGCACAAGCGCAACAAGGAGCACCUGGCCAAGGGCGGGGGCGGCGGGGGCGAGAAGGAGGCCCGCGGCGGCAAGGACGACUUCCUGUGCGACUACUGCGAGGACUCGUUCGGCCAGUCGGAGGCGCUGGAGCGGCACCUGCUGGCGCGGCACCCGCAGCUCUCGGAGAAGGCCGACCUGCAGUGCAUCCACUGCCCCGACGCCUUCGGGGACGAGGCCGCGCUGCUGGCCCACAUCCACCAGGCCCACGCCCGCCAGGAGCACAAGUGCCCCAUGUGCCCCGAGCAGUUCUCCUCCGUGGAGGGCGUCUACUGCCACCUGGACAGCCACCGGCAGCCCGACUCCAGCACCCACAGCGCCAGCCCGGACCCCGUGCUGGGCAGCGCCGCCUCCAUGAGCAGCGCCACGCCCGACUCCAGCGCCUCGGCCGAGCGCGGCUCCACCCCGGACUCCGCCCUGAAGCCGCUGCGGGGCGCCAAGAAGCCACCGCGGGAGGACGGGCCCGGCUGGCCCAAGGUGGCCUACAGCUGCCCCUACUGCGCCAAGCGGGACUUCCCCGGCCUGGCCGUGCUGGAGAUCCACCUGAAGACCGCGCACGCCGACAAGCCGCAGCAGAGCCACACCUGCCAGGUGUGCCUGGACACCGUGCCCACGCUCUACACGCUCAGCGAGCACGUGCUCAAGCUGCACAAGGGCCACGCCUCGCCCGCGCUGCCCUUCGCCGGCCUGGCCGCCUUCCACUGCAACUACUGCCCCGAGAUGCUGGCCGACCUCAACAGCCUGCAGGAGCACAUCCGCCUGUCGCACGGCGGGCCCGGCGCGGCCGCCGCGGCCGCCGCCGCUCCCGAGGGCGCCAACGCCUUCUUCUGCAGCCAGUGCUCCCUGGGCUUCCUGACCGAGGCCUCGCUCGCCGAGCACAUCCAGCAGGCCCACUGCGGUGCGGGCGGCGCCAAGCUGGAGUCGCCCGUGGCGCGGCCCGCCCAGUCCUUCAUGGAGGUCUACUCCUGCCCCUACUGCACCAACUCGCCCAUCUUCGGCUCCAUCCUGAAGCUCACCAAGCACAUCAAGGAGAACCACAAGAACAUCCCGCUGGCCCACGGCAAGAAGUCCAAGGCCGAGCAGAGCCCCGCGUCCUCCGACGUGGAGGUGUCCUCGCCCAAGCGGCAGCGUCUGGCGCUCGGCGGCGGCGGCGACGCCCUCUCCAACGGCGAGUACCCCUGCAACCAGUGCGACCUCAAGUUCGCCAGCUUCGAGGGCUUCCAGACGCACCUGCGGCUGCACCUGGAGCUGCUGCUGCGGAAGCAGGCCUGCCCCCAGUGCAAGGAGGACUUCGACUCCCAGGAGUCCCUGCUGCAGCACCUGACGGUGCACUACAUGACCACGUCCACGCACUACGUGUGCGAGAGCUGCGACAAGCAGUUCUCCUCGGUGGACGACCUGCAGAAGCACCUGCUGGACAUGCACACCUUCGUGCUGUACCACUGCACGCUGUGCCAGGAGGUCUUCGACUCCAAGGUGUCCAUCCAGGUGCACCUGGCCGUGAAGCACAGCAACGAGAAGAAGAUGUACCGCUGCACGGCCUGCGCCUGGGACUUCCGCAAGGAGGCCGACCUGCAGGCCCACGUCAAGCACAGCCACCUGGGCAACCCGGCCCGCGCCCACAAGUGCAUCUUCUGCGGCGAGGCCUUCGGCACCGAGGUGGAGCUGCAGUGCCACAUCACCACGCACAGCAAGAAGUACAACUGCCGCUUCUGCAGCAAGGCCUUCCACGCCAUCAUCCUGCUGGAGAAGCACCUGCGCGAGAAGCACUGCGUGUUCGACGCCGCCGCCGAGAACGGCACGGCCAACGGGGUGCCCCCCGCGGCCUCGGCCGCCGCCGCCGCCGGCGCCGCCAAGAAAGCCGAGCCCGCCGACCUGCCGGGCCUGCUGCUCAAGAACGCCGAGGCGCCCAACAGCCACGAGGCCAGCGAGGACGACGUGGACGCCUCGGAGCCCAUGUACGGCUGCGACAUCUGCGGCGCGGCCUACACCAUGGAGACGCUGCUGCAGAACCACCGGCUGCGCGACCACCACAUCCGGCCCGGCGAGGACGACGGCUCCCGCAAGAAGGCCGAGUUCAUCAAGGGCAGCCACAAGUGCAACGUGUGCGCGCGCACCUUCUUCUCGGAGAGCGGCCUGCGGGAGCACCUGCAGACGCACCGCGGCCCCGCCAAGCACUACAUGUGCCCCAUCUGCGGCGAGCGCUUCCCCUCGCUGCUCACGCUCACCGAGCACAAGGUCACGCACAGCAAGAGCCUGGACACGGGCACCUGCCGCAUCUGCAAGCUGCCGCUGCAGAGCGAGGAGGAGUUCAUCGAGCACUGCCAGAUGCACCCCGACCUGCGCAACUCGCUCACCGGCUUCCGCUGCGUGGUCUGCAUGCAGACCGUCACCUCCACGCUCGAGCUCAAGAUCCACGGCACCUUCCACAUGCAGAAGCUGGCGGGCAGCUCGGCCGCCUCCUCGCCCAACGGCCAGGGCCUGCCCAAGCUCUACAAGUGCGCGCUGUGCCUCAAGGACUUCCGCUCCAAGCAGGACCUGGUGAAGCUGGACGUCCACGGGCUGCCCUACGGCCUGUGCGCCGGCUGCGUGGCCCGCAGCGCCAACGGGCAGGCGGGCGGCCCCGCCCCGCCCGAGCCCGCCGACCGGCCCUGCGCCGGCCUGCGCUGCCCCGAGUGCAGUGUCAAGUUCGAGAGCGCGGAGGACCUGGAGAGCCACGUGCAGCUGGACCACCGCGACCUCACGCCGGAGACCGGCGGGCCACGCAAGGGCAGCCAGACCUCGCCGGUGCCCCGGAAAAAGACCUACCAGUGCAUCAAGUGCCAGAUGACCUUCGAGAGCGAGCGUGAGAUCCAGAUCCACGUAGCCAACCACAUGAUAGAGGAAGGCAUCAACCACGAGUGUAAGCUGUGCAACCAGAUGUUCGACUCCCCGGCCAAGCUGCUCUGCCACCUCAUCGAGCACAGCUUCGAGGGCAUGGGCGGCACCUUCAAGUGCCCUGUGUGCUUCACAGUCUUCGUCCAGGCCAACAAGCUGCAGCAGCACAUCUUCGCGGUGCACGGGCAGGAGGACAAGAUCUACGACUGCGCGCAGUGCCCGCAGAAGUUCUUCUUCCAGACCGAGCUGCAGAACCACACGAUGAGCCAGCACGCGCAGUGAGGGCGCGCCGCGGGACGCCGCCCGGCGGAGGGCCCGCCGCGGACGCCUGGCGGAGGGCCGCCGGAACAUUACAUCCAAUCAAAGUGUCAUUUGCAACCCAGAUGUAAAACUCUAAUGAUUUGGCCACGAGGCGCUGCUAUUAUAAGCAGCUGGAAAUGAAUAUUAAUGGCGGAGAUUAAAAGUAUUCCAUGCUCAGUAUUUUUUACUGCCCGGCUCCAGCUAGCGCGCUUUUUAGACUCCGUGUCUAGAGUUAGGGGACCCCGCUUUUUUGAGCCCAUUGUCCUUUGUUCCCCCAUGUAUUAUACGGAUAGUUUUUAAAGAGGAAGAAUUAGUGCGGUCCUUUUUUUUUUUUUUUUUCCCCCCCCUCCUCUCUCUCUCUCUCUCUCCUCGGCUUCUUUUUCUUUCUUUCUGUUUUUCUACACCUUCCCUCUCCCCUCCCCCCUUCGGUUAACGCCUUUUAAUUGCAGUUCUAGAUAAUUGUGCAUUGUGACGUGAUUGCUUGGCGAUUGUCGGAAUACCUCCCUUCCCUUUUUUUAAUUAAAGACGAAUGCCUUGAUUGGA